CAAUACACUACAAGGUAUUCAGUUAUCUAGUUAUAAUAGCAGUCACUAUUAUUUAACGUCCUUGUCAAUUUGUGCGUUUACCUUUCAUUUUAUAAAGUUGUAUAUUCAAUACUUUACUUUGCUACCCAGGUAGUUUUGAAUAGACUGUGAUCGUUGAAUGAAUAUGUUAGCGUUUGGGAUACUGUGGGAUUAAUUAGCAAAUAUGUAUGUAGAAUAACUUACAAAUAUGUCUUUAAAAUCAAAACGUCAUGUUAUUGUGAUUUUAAUUUUCGUUACCAUUGUGACAUGUUUUAUAAGUAUGUCAAAGCUUCGAAUAAUGGAGUAUCGUACGCAAAAAUGUGUUAAUAUAUUUAGAAAAGACAUUAGUUUAAUUGAGUCUAUAUUAGGGGUACAUAUAAACGGAAGUGAAGACUUUGGGAAAGCAUUACAACAACUCAUCAGAAACUACACCAUGGGAGUGAAUGGGACGGUAUGGCAUAAAAAUCUAAACAAUACGACACAAGAACAAAGCACGAAAAAGCCGGAUGAAAUAAGAGAAACAGUAUGUGAUAAAUGUUUUACUCAUGAUUUUAAAUAUUUGAUAAAUAAUGAGAAAAUAUGUAAGAUAAAUAGCGACAACAACGAUACAAUAGAUUUAUUUAUCAUGAUUUUGACAGUACAUAAGAACUUUGAACAACGUGACGUCAUUCGCAGAACGUGGCUGUCAUACUCCAAGAAUAAUACUGGUAACGUACGUUAUGCGUUUUUGCUCGGCAAGCUGGCAAAUGAUGAUCUUCACGAAAAAGUUGUACAGGAAAAUAACGUGCAUAAUGAUAUAAUAAAAGAAGAUUUUGUUGAUACUUAUAACAAUUUAACUUAUAAGACCAUAAUGGGAUUUAAAUGGGUAGUGACGUUUUGUCCUACAGCUAAAUAUAUUCUCAAAACAGACGAUGACAUGUAUAUAAAUGUACCAAAUUUCGUA